AUGAGCAAUCAAAGCGAGGUCAUUCUGCUAGACGCUGACUCGGUCUUCGUGCAACUCCCCGAGAAGACACUCAUUGACGCUUCCUAUCUCCAAACCGGGGCAUUUCUUUUCCACGACCGCUUGCUAUGGCAGCACGCCUAUCCAGAUCGCCACGAAUGGUGGAGGUCGCAGAUCCGCGAGCCUAACGCAACGCUCAACAAAUUCCUGGUCUGGACAGAGGACUACGCAGAAGAAGGCGAUUCUGUCGUCGUUCUUGUCGAUAAGUUACGGUUAGAAGUGCUGAUGGGCUUGCUGCAUGUUGCGUGGCAAAACACCUAUGACGUGCGCGAAGAGAUCACAUACAAGGUUGCCUACGGCGAUAAGGAGACGCGGUGGCUCGGCUUCGAGCUCUCCGGGUCUCCAUAUGCUUUUGAAAUCCACUACGGCGCCAUGGUAGGUUGGUUUCGGGACCAGGACCAGGACACGCAGAGAAUCUGCAGUUUUGUGAUUGGGCAUGUGGAUUUGAGGGUUGGUCUUAUUUGGUACAACGGAGGGUUAUUGAAGAACAAAAAGGUUGACCCGCAUGGAUUUGGUCUUCCAACUCAUACCAUGGUUGAUGGUACCUGGGAGAAGGGUUCAAACAGGAAAGAGAUGAGUUGCAUGGUCGGCCACACAGGAAAGGAAUUGCCGGAGGAACAACGGUGGAUUUUAGAAAAUUCCAUUGCGUUAGCGAAGGAGUUGGACAGAGAGUUCAGAUUCGACUCGUCUCACUAUAUUCAGAGCACCAAAAAUAAGUUGUAA